UGAAGGCGCUCAGUGAGGGGAGAGAUCUGGGGAAGACAACAUCGCACGCAGCCAGCCCGUGGCUCCCGCCUCCGCUCCCUCCCGGACUCGCUCGCUCUCUUCCCUCUUCCCCAGUGCUCGGUUCUCCGGCGACAUCUCGCUCCAUCCCUCUUUCUCAAUUCCCUUGUAGACUCCACUCCAGAUCUGUGCUGCUGCCUGCAAACUUUUUUUCCUUUAUGUUUUUUCCCCCCUACUGUCUUUCUUUUUCUUUUUGGAGUGGAUUGCCCUAAAACCAGCAAACAACUAACUGCUGCCGCUUCUGCAUCUUCUGCAUCCUGCCGGCUCUUCGCCCAUCGGAGAGGCGAUGUCACGAGGGUUUUAACUCCUUUUGGACGCAACUUGGGAAAGAGCUCGAUUUCUCCCCCUCCCCAUUUUGGGUAUUUAUUUUUUUCCCAGCCCCCCAAGACCUGCCGUUUUAGUUUCGCAGCCAAACGCUCUCAGUGCCGGGUGUCUAGAGUUUAAUGGUAAGCACACGAGGUGGCUCGCCGGGCCUUCCCGCAGCGGUCCCGGGGCGGGCGGGCGGUCGGGCGGGCACCGACGGGGCGGGCGGCGGCCGCAGCUCUCUGCACCGAGCACCUCUCUGCACCGAGCACCUCUCUGCACCGAGCACCUCUCUGCACCGAGCACCUCUCUGCUCCUCUCCGUGCCGCUCCGCGCCGACACCCGGUGUCCAGGGCGCUUGUCCCCUGGGGCCGCGCUGCCUCAUUUUCCGGUAGGCGAGGCCAGGGGUUUGGUGAGCUGUGGGGCGGUUUCUUUGGGUUUUUGUUAGUGAUGUUUUUUGUUUGUUUUCGUUCAUUUUUUUUUUUAGUGGAUUUUUUUUUUUUUACAGCAGUUUCCUUUCCCUUCCGCACAGAGCGGCAAUGUGUAGCAAAGCGAUCUUAGCACUCCUGGUCUAUGGCAUAAUAAUGCACUGCAGCGUCUACUGCUCACCUGCGGCCGGACUUCAGUACCCGGCGCUCAGGCUGGAGGAUGAAGUCUACGACGAGGACGGGAACACCCUGCAGGACUUCGCCUACGACCACGAGCCCCUCGGUAUAGCGAAUCCGUCCUCCAUGAUCGGCGAGAUGUACACCUUGUAUUACCCACCGGAAAAGAGGCACGCCGAUGGGAUCUUCAACAAAGCCUACAGGAAACUCCUAGGCCAGUUAUCUGCCAGGAAAUAUCUGCACUCCCUGAUGGCCAAGCGGGUCGGCGGUGCCAGCGGCGGCCUGGGGGACGAUGCGGAACCGCUGACCAAGCGGCACAUAGACGGCAUCUUCACGGACAGCUACAGCCGCUACCGGAAACAAAUGGCUGUCAAGAAAUACUUAGCAGCCGUCCUGGGGAAAAGGUAUAAACAAAGAGUUAAAAACAAAGGACGCCGAGUAGCGUAUUUGUAG